UGAGUGAGGCAGCUGAGAGGAAUGUCGGUGAGGGUGAACGGUUUCGGUAGAUUUUGGUGUGGGUGCCGCAGUGCACGGUUCGGUUCGGUGUUUCGGGGACUGUAGGUGAGCUGGGUGAGCUGUACGCGGUGCUGUGGAGGUUUAUAUGAAGCUCUGGGCGCUGCUGCGGGAUGAAUGAGCGGAAUGACAGCAGCCUGACUGAGUGAACUAGUCCGGACUAGUGCAGCUAUUUGCAUUGCAGGAGGAGGCCGACCGCGACUCAGGACUGACUGCUGCACCUUUACAGCUUCUAUUCUUCAUAUUUCAGCCGGUGAGCCGUUGAGGAUCAGAUGUUCGGUUCCAUGGAGGCUCGAGCUCUUCACGCCGUGAUCAUCUGAGUACCAGGAGACCGUGAGGAUGUUGGGGGACGGCAGAGUCGUGGAAGAAUGGCUUUCAGAAUACAAGACGUUACCCGAGUCUCAGUUCUCCAGCUACGCCAGCGCCCUCUAUAAGAAGAAGAAUCUGGUUCCAGCGCUCUACAGAGUCAUCCAGGACCCCAACAGUGAGUUACUGGAACCAGUCUGCCAUCAGCUGUUCGAGCUGUAUCGGAACUCAGACCCCCGCCUGCGGCGCUUCACCCUGCAGUUCCUGCCCGAGCUGGUCUGGGUGUACCUGCGGCUGACGGUCAGCAGGGAGCGCUACAGCAGCGGCUGCAUCGAGGCUCUGCUGCUCGGCAUCUACAACCUGGAAAUCGUGGAUAAAGAGGGAAACGGCAAACUGCUGUCCUUCACCAUCCCAUCACUGUCCAAACCAUCCAUAUAUCAUGAGCCCUCCAGUUUAGGUUCGAUGGCUCUGACAGAGGGGGCGCUCUCUCAGCACGACCUGAUCAGAGUGGUUUACAGCGGCCUGCACCCUCAGAGAGAGACCUUCACUGCUCAGAACAGGUUCCAGGUGCUGUGCUUCCUCAUGCUGUGCUAUAACUCUGCUGUGGUGUUCAUGCCCGCGUCCUCGUACCAGGCUGUGUGCCGCAUGAGCUCACGGUUGUGUGUGUGUGGUUUUCCGCGGCAGCAGCAGAAGUCGUGGCGGGAGUCGUGUAACCGGGUGGUGCUGGACCCCGAGUUUAUGGUUCAGAUGCUCACAGCUGUUUAUCACGCAACUUAUAAUGGUGAGUGGGAGCUGGGACGGGAGGCGCUGGAUGAUAUUCUGUACAGAACUCAGCUGGAACUUUAUUCUGAACCACUGCUGUUGGGGAACGCGAUGAGGAACUCGUUACCGGAGAGCGCCCCCGAUGGUUCCCAGGGUAAGAAGGUGCUGCAGGUGGAGGUCACGCCCACUUUUAGGAGGAUCUGUCGCACCGUCGUCACAGCGGCAUCCAUCCGCCGACUCCGCUGGAAAAGAGAAGAUGCUGACGGGAUGAGUUUGGGUGAUGAGUCCUUCAUCCUGCACGACCCCGAUGAGGGUUUCUCCUCCGGCGCCUCCAGCAGCAGCCAGCCGGGCGCGGGCCGGCCAGCGGGGGGCGCCGGGGUGCGCUCGGGCUCCCAGAAGAGCUCCAGGAAGAGCGGCUCGGGUCGCUCGUAUCGGGAGAGAGCCCGGGAGAACUCGGCCGACGCGCGGAGGGAGUCGGAGCCGCUCCUGAGGGCCCAGAGCCCCCCGCCCACCAUCACGCUGGACGCCAUCGAACUGACCACCGUGAAGACCACGCAGAGCCUCAGUCGAACCUGCAGCAUGAACGCGGGGGUGAGCGGGGAGCGGCGGGGGGCAGGACGGGGGGCGGCUCAUCGUCUCUCCAGCCUCAGCCUGAAGGAGGAGGAGCUGAGGAGGAGCGAGGGGGAUCUCCUCUCACCCGGAGCUCCUCUCACCAAGGAGUCUCGCUCACCCAGCUUCAACAUGCAGAUCAUAUCACAGGUGUAACUCCCACUCCUCCUGGUCCGAAAUCACCCCCUCCUCCUGUCUGUUCACAUCUCGUCUCUCUCUCUCUCUCUCUCUGUCUUCCUCUAGGUGGCGCUCCAUCCACAUUUUAUACUGAUCACACUGGUGCGUUAGAGAAGCGCAGCGGUUAAACGUUUACAUUAAAUACGUUUUCUUUUCUGUAUAAUGAAUCAUUAUUAGAUUAUUUAGUGCUGGUGAAGCUGGAUGGACGUCGUCGUCGUUCUGCUGCUGUUUUUAUUAUAAACUCUCAUUGUUAAAGGAAACUCCAGUGAUUUAAGAGUGACGUUUACACCCCUCGCUCAGGUCAUCAUCGUUACGUUAACCUUUCACCCCGCCUCGCACUGAACGACGUGUAAAAUGUUGCUUCAAUUUAAUCUCAUUUUAAAAAACUCAAUCUAAUCUGAAUCCAGAACCACCACUGAUCCACGUAAGAUUAUUUAUUGCUUUAACAGCGCAGUGCUGAUCAGUUCCAGCAGAGGGCAGCUGUACUCGAGUAGAUAAGAAACUGGACUAGUAAUCGAAAGGUCACUGGUUUAAGCCCCACCACUGCCAGGUUAACAUUGUUGGGCCCUUGAGCGAGGCCCUUAACCCUCUAUUGUUUAGACUGUAUACUGUCACAGUGCUGUAAGUCACUUUAAAUGAAAGCGUCUGCUAAAUACUGAAAAUGUAAAUAUAAAUACACUGUAGGCUUUUAUUUAUUUAUGAUGCUAUAAAACGUCUUUUAUCCGUCUGGACUCACUUUUAAAUCAGACCUGCAUUAAAAUCAGGAUUAGUUGCUCUGCUACCGGUCGGCUGGGCGCCCCCUUGAUUCUGCAGCAGAUAAAAUCGGCCGCUAGUCUGCUGGGUGGGAAAAGACGGGACUAAAAAGUGGGCGGGGUCUCCGAUGCUGUGUAAGGCGCCUGUACAGAAGUGGAGGAACGUGGAGAUCAGGGCGUGUCUCUCCGCCGAUCCACCGAAGUACUGGGGAUAAGGAGGGGUCGCGUCGGAGGGAGGGCGUGUCAGGAGAAUACACCCUCCUCGUACACCAUCGGGGUCUACAGCAGAGGAAGGGGAACUGGCUACGACUAAACCCGGAGUAAAGAGAGGAAAUACCAGCUGCUGUGUUUUCCUCAGUAAUGAAAUUGUUGUCCUUGGUAAUAACACGCAGAAAAUCACUGGAGUUUUUAUUUAACAGGUUCAGUUUGUCGAUAUUUUUAGUUUGAUGACUGUGUUGGAUAUUUGGAUGGGAGAACAUGCUGAAUUUCUUCCUCUCUCAGACCAAACUGAACAUUCCACUUAUACCAGACUGAUGCAGUGUAACAAGGUUGUGGGUUUGAACUGGUCGUGUAUCUGACACUGGUUCCUGUAGUCCUGGUCAGACUGGGAGUGAAAGUGAACCUGCUGCCUCAGCUGCCUCAGCUCGGGUCAGAUCUACACCCGCCUCCAGCUUCUGAGGUUUUUAUAUUUAAUAAUUAAAUCUUAGUGACUCUUUAUAUUAGAGAUAAAGCUUAUAGAGCUGCGUGAUAAACACACACGGUGAUUUAUAUUCAAAUAUAAACACUUGGAGUCUUGAUCAAAUAACAUUCAAGCCAUUGAAGGUUAAGGGCCUUCCUCAGGGGCCCAACAUUGGAGCAUUGGAACAGUGGAUAAAAUAGCUGAACAUCAUAAGCUCACGAUCACUCGAAUGAUGUAGCAGUAAAAUACUGCAGCUCAUUACUGCUAACAUCCAGAGUUCAGACCUCAGUGGUGCUAUCAGCCGGUCGGGCGUCUACAUACAGACACGAGCGGCUUCGUCUGCUGAAUUCUGACCAGGAUAAAACGUCUGUAAAAACAUCAUGAACACAAACCAACUAUAAACUCUUUAGGAUGGUUUAAAACAUUCCACAUACUGAAUAAAUAAAUCCUUUUAAUUCUUUAAAUAAUAAAUCAGAAAAAAUCGUGCUCUAAACUUCAUUCCUCAUCAUGAGAUCAUGAGAACGAUUUGCUCAAAAUAGUUCAGCAAAUAAAAUCUGAUCAGAUUCAGUCGUCAGAACCGUGUGUGUUUACAGUCCAACACGUUUAGCUUUUAUCAUCGCGGCUCUAUGAACUUUAUUCCUAAUUAAAGUGGAACCUAAAUGUGAUCAUUUGAUCGGGAGUGACGUUGGCAGGUCGGGGGCAUCCGCAGGUCGGAGGUGUCUGCUGGUCGGGGCGUCGGCAGGUUGGCUGGUUGGGGUGUUGGUUCAGUCGUGGGUGUCGGCUGAUCAGGGGCGUCAACAGGUUGGCUGUUCGGGGCGUCGGCUGGUCGGGACGGCAGAAUUUCUGAGCUGGUUUACGUAGCUACGUGUAGAGUUUAUAACCAGUUAGCAAUAAAUAUCAGGUUCAUCUGAAGAGAUUCAAGCAAUCAGUGCUGAGUCACAGUCUGCAUUCCUACUCUCCCCCCCCCCCCCCCCCCCCCGGACAUUUAUAUUCACCUCGGUAAGUUCCGUCCCGAACGCUGUACGCUGUGUUUAUAAUCCUGAACACUUUCAGUCUUUUGAAAUGUACUUUUAUUUUAUUAUUAUAAUUAUUAUUAUUAUUCUUUGUUAGCGUCGUUUGUUUUUGAUUCUUUGGUUUGAGACGUUUUGUUAAUCACUGUUUAAUUGAAAUUGAGGAUUUAAUUUUAUUUCUGUUUGAUUCUGAGGCCAAAAUGUUUGUUGUUGAAUCACUGAACGUUUCACUCACGCGUUUCUGCUGAAGCUUCUGUGUCAGAAACACGCCGUGAUGUUCCAUGUUGUCUCGUGUUGUUAGUGUGUGUGUGUGUGUGCGUGCGUGUGUGUGUGUGUGUGUGUGUGUGUGUGUGUGUGUGUGUGUGUGCUGCUGUUCCUAUCCUUGAGUGAAUGUUUCUGACUGAUUAGUGAUCCCACCGUCCGUCAUCAUUUCAUGUUCAGUCUGUUUGCUGUGAGACGCUCCUGCUGAGACUCGGUCCAGUUCCUGUGGUGCAGAUGAACGUGUGUGUGUGUGUGUGUGUGUGUGUGUGUGUACGUGUGUACGUGUGUGCGUGUGUGUGUGUGUGUGUGUGUGUGUGUGUGUGUGUGUGUGUGUGUGUGGUUGUUAUGUAGUACAUUUCACUGAACCUCCAGUAGUGCUCGGGUCGGGUGACGACGUGUUUUUGGAACCUUUGUAACGUCGUAGCUUCAGUAACCUGCUGCUGACCUUACAACUGAAAACGUACCUGUCCAGGUUCUUUUGGGGCGGGGCUGACAGCACUGUUAGAUGCUGAUUGGUUACUCACAGUAUGCAGUCAUACCCAAUCAAACAUCUCAUGUUGGUUAUCCUCUGAAACAUCACUGAUCCGGGGGUCUAAUGUCACCGGUGCUAUCGACCAUUCAUACAAACGUACCCCCCCCCCCGUCCACCAGGAGGUCUGCAGAUCACGCCCAUCUAUCACCCCUCACACCGGCCUCCAGGUACAGAAGCAUUUAAAGCCCUGUUCAUGGUUAUUUCUGAGCAUGGUGACCCCCUCAUGCACCAUCACACCGUCCCAGGUCUUCAGACUCCAAACUGCUGUUUCCUUAGUGCAGGUUUUCCACGAUGGGUCCGAGGCUGGGUGACAGGGGUGAGAAAAACCUAAAUACUAUAAGAAAGAUCUCUUGGGAGGAGCCGGACCCACCAGGGACCUCAGUCCUGCCUGAUAUUAGCCGAUCAUGUCUGUGCUGAUGCUCGACCUGCCAGCAGGAGGGUUGUGGGCUGGUGUACUUUAGCGCUGCGCCACCUUCUGGUGUACCCAGAAAUAACCCAAAAUAAGCUCCCGGGCCGGGACUGGACCCAGGAUGAGACACGUUGUAGAUCGAAAGAUUAAAGCACGUCCAUGUAAACACACCUGAUGUGUCCUGUAGUGUUUGUGGUUUCUCCCUGUCCGGUGAUUAUAUGUGGUUCAAACCAUCAUCGUCCCCACAUUACUGCACCAUCAUCAUCAUCACGUCUCAUUUUACUCCUUCAUGACUGGACCACAUGAUACUGGACUUUAUUUCUUACUGCACUUUAUCAGUUCUUGGUCUUUAGUGGCUGACGUGUGUGUGUGUGUGUGUGUGUGUGUGUGUGUGUGUGUGUGUGUGUGUGUGUGUGUGUGUGUGUGUGUGUGUGUGUGUGUGUGUGUGUGUGUGUGUGUGUGUGUGUGUGUGUGUGUGUGUGUGUGUGUGUGUGUGUGUGUGUGUGUGUGUGUGUGUGUGUGUGAGUGAGUGAUGGAUCUCCAGACGAUCUUCUAGAUGUUUCCACGCCGUCCAUUUGAAACCGAUUCUAUGCAAAUCUGCGUUUUCUUCCUCCGUCCUUCUCUCAGAUUGCUGGUGUGUGUGUGUGUGAGUGUGUGUGAGUGUGUGUGUGUGAGUGUGUGAGUGUGUGUGUGUGAGUGUGUGAGUGUGUGUGUGUGUGUGUGAGUGUGUGAGUGUGUGAGUGUGUGUGUGUGAGUGUGUGUGUGUGUGUGUGUGUGUGUGUGUAAACCUAUAGAAUUCAGCUGUAAUUUGUCGGACCUUCUCACUUAAUCAGGACUGAUCGAUGUGACCUCAGUGAAAGUGAAAUCGUGGAUCUUCGAUGCUGUAAAUUUAAAGUUUAUUUUAAAUCUGAAUAAAUGUAAAUAAAAAUGUAUAAACUGAUCAGAUAAGAAAGAUUUACGUUAUUAUAAUAAUUAUAGUUAUCGGGAUGAAACAGAAUCUGUAUAUCGGUGAAUAAAUCUCGUGCUGUUAUGAA